UCCCAGCACACGGACGUCAGCGCCAAGGCGCGAGUAGAAAGUCAUUUAAUCCGAAGAUCAGAUGGAAGGGACGCGCGGAGAGGUGACGGGAGGAGGAAAAGCAAUAGCGAUAGAGGAGGAAGUGGAACGAGCGCCAGUAGCCCGUUGACGGGAAUCGGGAGAGGUUGAUUUGUUAGUGCGUAGUCAUCGGGAACGAACUCGCCGGAGGAGAAUCACACGUGCGCACACUCAUUGUGUGUCGUGAGAAGGAAGGAGAAAGAAAGAGGAAAGACUCUCAUCCGCGGCAGUGUCGCUUCGGAAAUCGCCAGCUGCGGCUAUGGCAUCAUAGGCUUGCACGGCCGUACCUAUAACUCGUGUGACAUGUCUGUUUGGGACGCCUCGGGGCCAUUGUUAGUUCGCGCCUCGCCACGAGAGUCGGACGGUCGCGCGCGUACGCGCUGAGUCUUUUCCUGGUGUUUUUGGUACGUCAGUUGCGUGCUAAUCGUGCCCUAGACUCGCGAUCCGAACUCUCGAUUUCAUCCGUCCGUGUCUCGAGGACGGUGCUAAUUUUUGCGUGAGCGGGAGGUUCGCGAGCGACGCAGUUGCUCGGGCGCACGCCGAUGAUGGAGGAGGACAGGAGCGCCGCGGAGGAGCCGGGAGGCGGCCUCCAGCUGGCGAUUGCUACGACCUUCUCCGUCGCUCAGACCGGUGAGUUCGUGAUUAAGCAGGAGCCGCAGGAGAUAGGUCCGGAGAUGAUUGCCACCGACGGUAUGGACGAGCACGAGUCCCACGACUUCAGUGGGGUUGACGAGCAGUUGCCUCAGGUCUUCCCCCAGGUCAGCGAUGUCGUUAUGCAGAGAGCCGUCUCGCCACCGACAUACGACGAUCCCAGUGAAAGAAAAAUUGAAGAACUAAUAUUAUAUUACAAAUGUAAAUACCAGUUGAAAGAUGUAACGGUUGAACUGGAAAGUUGUGACAAAAUAUGGGAAACUUUACAGCUGAUUAAAAAUAUUUCAAGUAAUGAAAAUAGUUAUCAUCAAUUUAAUUUGCCAAAGAAUUUAUCAUCAAGCCAGCCAAAGUCGUCUGGUCCAUCCAUAAUGUAUAAACCUACACUAGGAAAUAGCAAUAAAGCUCUUCCUGAUUUUAGAUUUUCAGUGAAAAGCAAAAAGAAAUUGUAUUACUGUAUAACAUGUGGAAAAGAAUUUAUCGAUAGUGUACAUUUACGGCAUCAUGCGAUCGAAGACCAUGGAGUUUAUGUUCAUCCAAAAAGAGUUUACAGUAAACCAAAAAUAGAUGCAAGGAGUAUACCAGUGAAUUCCGAUGCUAAUAAAACUACAUGUAUUAAAGAAAUGGAAUCUGAAAAUAUUGUACCAAUUGCUUCACCGUCGAUGCAUCCAGUACAAAUAACCCAGUCGGCACAAAUACCAGAUAUUGAAAAAACGGAAAACUGUUCAAAUAGUGAUUUAAAACUCGGAGAUUUUUUAAAAUUAAAUGGUAAAGAAAAAAUAAAAUGCAUUCUUUGUAAAAGAAUAUGUACAGAUAUAGUUUAUCAUAUGAAAGGUUACCAUAAAGUUGGUUGUAUACGUUCAAUAAUUGCUCAGUGUGAAAAAAUUAUAGAUAAUCCGGUAUCUUCUGAUAUACCUAACGAAGAGAAAAAAACUGAAAGUUUCUUUGAUCCUAGUGAGAUAGAUAUAAAUGAAACCUUAGCCGUUGCUGUCAAAAAAAGAAAACGAAAUACACCUCGUUGGACCAUCCAGAAGAAAAGAUGUAAACUUGUUGAUGUAACUACAAGAACUACGAACGUUAAAGGUCCCUUUAAAUGUAACGUUUGUUUAGGUUAUUAUAAAAGUAUAAAAAGUUUUGGCUUUCAUAAAAGACUACACAGGAAAAGAGGCGAGACUCCUGAAAAUUUUGAUCCAUCCAAGUGCCGUUUCCUCAAUUCACCCUUUCACAUGGCAAAAGAAUCUAUUAAAUCGCAAAAUACAUUAUCAAAUUAUAUUACCAUAGAGAAAGACAAUGACAAAUCUCAAAUACAAAAUGACCACUUGAAUUUUCCAGAUGGUAUGGAUAUAGAUGUAAAUAAUACAGGUAAUUCUGAGCAAACAAGUUGUGAAUGUGGUAGGUCAUUUAGAAAUUAUCAUACAUUAUAUUUACAUAAAGUUAAAUGUAAAGGACCUGAUAUAAAAAAUGACAAAUCGCAUUCCCAAAAUGCUAACGAUACAGAUUCUGGCAUUGGGAUUAGUAUAAAAAUUAAAAAGAACAAAAAUGACUCGUAUGAAGUUGUGCCAAGAAAUACUCAAAUCGAGGAAGCUUAUAAAGAUUCUAGAAGCUCUAAGGACAGUGAUGCUUCAUCAAAUGAUUCCGGCAUGGUUUCUAUUGAUUAUAAUAGUCAAAAAAUGGAUUCUACUGAAUUAGCAAAAUAUAGUAAAAGUCACAGUAUUUUGCGAAUUCAAGUAGCAGAGGAUGAUGAAGAGGUUGAUAUAGAAGAUGAUAAUUCGGAUCGUAGCAAUUUAAACGAAGACAAUGAUUUAACUGCUAUUGUUAGCUCACUACACAAUACUUCAGAAACUAUGAUAUCUGAUUCAACGGAAGGUAAAAUUGCACAGGAAAAUGAAACGGAUAUUAUAAGGUCAGCUAAAAGAAACAACGUCGUGCCCUCGUUAACUUAUCUUUGCAAACAAGUACUAGCCAAAGUAAAACACGAAGAGGAAAAACUGAGCUCAUACAAAUGUCAAUCGUGCUUAUUGCAAUUUAAGGAUAAAUCUGAAUUAAUAGAACACGCAUUAAAAAUGAAACACAAUGUGAAAAGUCAUUGUCCAUGUGGUAAAAAAUUCAAAAAUUUAAAGUACUUUAAUAUUCAUGUAAGAAGGUAUCAUCCACUCUUACUAAAAUGCAGUUACUGUAUGACGAAUUUUGAUAGAGUUGAAAAGUUUAUCGAGCACAAUUGUCUAGUAACAGAAGGAAAAUCAUUCAUUGAGCCAAUCAUCCAAACACAAUGUAUGAAAUGCAAAAUGUUACUUGAUCUUGGCGAACAAUUUGAUAAACAUAUGAAGACUCAUAAUGUUGAGGCAGCCAAUUACUAUCAAUGUUUUAAGUGUGAAUUAAAGUUUGAUAACUCGCAUCAGCGAAGAUCACAUUUUAGCAAAGAACACGGUUUUUCUUUAUGUCGGGUUUGUGGAAAACUUAUGCAUAUUGAUUAUUUAUUAAAACAUGAAGCUUAUCACGAUGGCUUAGGGUAUCCUUGUCAUUUGUGCAAAAAAGCGUUUACACAAAAAACCUUGCUUAAGAAACACAUUCAGGGUACGCACGAUCCUCUUGUAAAUGAAAUAGUAAAAUGUAUAGUUUGCUCAAAAAAUAUGAAGUUAAGGUACUUGCGAAAGCAUAUGAGUUUUCACUUGCACACAGAAAUUUGUAGAAAAUGUAACAAAUGUUAUCGAACCGAUGAGCAGAAAAACUUGGAAGAUCAUGUAGCACUCGAUCAUCCUAAUGAUUAUCCCAUUUUAAAAUGUGAUAUUUGUAAUAUGUCUUUUCUUUCUGAUAAGAGGUAUGAAGAGCAUUGUCAUGAAGGUACUUGCAAUUCUAAGACGACAAAUGGCAUAUCCACGCUCGUACAAAAUACAACGAUAAAUUAAAAUAUUUAUUAGGAUAUGCUA